CGCCCGAACUUCAGGUAGUGUGGGGCUCGCGAGCGGCUUCGAUUUUCGCUGGUUUUUCCCGCCUCGAAAGGACGCACGAACGUCAACUUUUCUCAGUCCUUUUUCUCGGGAAGUCGGUUCGCUGUAGAUAGCCCGCGGAACUUUCACUUCCCCCGCGCGUCCAGAGCACACCUGGCGGUCGACCUGCGGGGUGUUUUCCCUGAGUCGGCCUACCCCAAAGCUGAGGACUCUGCAGCGAGAUCCUUCGCGAAAAACCUCUGCAGCCUUUCUUUGACGCGUGGCAGUUCAUUUAAACUUCUUUCAUUCUCCAACAGUCGCUGGAAACGAACCAGCUGUAUCUGCUCCCUUCCCCUUCCGGUGGCUGCUGUCUGCUUAGCGCGUCCAGCAGCGCGACCGUGACGGGGGGGGACCUGCUUGCACAAAAAACUGGGCUUUCCAGGCUUGUGGGGUUCGCUGCACUCGUCGCUUUCUCCGGAGUUCGUUCGAUCCUCGCGAUCGACGAAUCCGAGUCUGGUCUCUGCUUCGCGAGACGGACGCGCUGGUUCUUCGACGUUUGUGCUCUGCCCGAAAACGCACACUCUCCGGAGCGUGGCGACAGGACCCCCUCGUUUCUGCCGGUCACUCGAUCCCCCGAAGAAAUGCCGAAAGUGCAGAGCGAAAAGCGCAAGGUGGCGAACCGCCAUAACCCUCUCCACGUGGACAUCCUCGGCCAGGCGGGUGUGCAUACACCCGAGACGGGACUCCUGUUUCAGAAGAAAGGCAAGGCCGCGAAGAAGUCGAGGCUGAGUAGGUCGGCCGAUGACGACGAAGGCGAAGAUGCCGACGGCGUGGUUCCCCGGAGACUCAGCAAGAAAAUUCUUCGUCUGGUCGAGGAACAGCAACACCACCGCUCAGAGAACGGCCCCGAUGCGGACAGCGGCAGCGAGCUGGACUCCGAGGAUGUCGACCGGGACUCCGGUGGGGAAGACGUAGAUUCUGAAGGCUUCGUCGUCAUCGAUGGCGAGGCAGACGAGGAAGACGAACUGUAUGUCCAGCGCGUUCAGCAGCGUCAGGGAACUGCGGCGGCUGCUCCGACGCUCGCGGAUUUUAUCUUGGAGAAGUUGCGACAGAAGGAGGAGAGAGAGUCGAGCGGCGCCGCAGCUGAAGCGCCCGAGGAGGACUGCAGUGCGUUGCCUCCGAAAGUUGUUGAGGUGUACACAGCCAUGGGAUCCUUUCUGCAGAAGUACAGAAGUGGAAAAAUGCCGAAGGCUUUCAAAGUUCUGCCCCGCCUCCAGAGGUGGGAGGAAGUUUUGCUUUUGACUCAGCCGGAAAGCUGGUCAAGACAGGCGAUGUUUGAGGCGACGAAAAUCUUCACAAGCAACUUGUCCAGCGCCGGUGCUCAGCGAUUCCUUUGUCUCGUCCUCCUACCUGCUGUCAGGAGCGACAUCUCCACGAACAAGAAGCUGAACUACCACCUGUACCAAGCCCUGAAGAAGGCUCUCUUCAAGCCUGCAGCCUUCUUCAAAGGUAUUUUCCUGCCUCUCGCUCUCGAGGGCUGCAGCAACAGAGAAGCCAUCAUCGUCGGGAGUGUGGUGGCAAAGGUUUCGAUUCCUGUUCUGCAUGCGGCCGCGGCGCUCAUGCGCUUGGCGCUCGUCCCCCCGCCUCAGUGGCUACCGGCUGUCAGUGUGUUGAUGGGGCUUCUCAUCAACAAGAAGUACUCGCUUCCUGUCAAGGCGGUUCAGGCUUGCGUCGCGCAUUUCCACCGAUUCGCCGAGAGAGCGGACCUCCUUCCUGUCGCCUGGCACCAAGCGCUGCUCGUCUUCGUUCAACGCUACAAAUUCUGCCUUUCGGAAGACGAGCGAAGCAUGCUGAAGGAGGUGCUGCGCGUCCACUUCCACGAGAAAAUUGGACCGGAGAUUCGUCGGGAGCUUCUCGCGAAGCAGGCAGCUCUCGUGCUCCAGCAGCAGCAGGCGUUGUUAGAGCAACAACAGGAAGCGAGUCCGGACGUGGAAAUGGCAUGACUUUCUUCGAGAUGUCGCUCUUUUCUGGAGCGCUCUCUGCAGUGCCAAGGCCGCCUGCACUCCAAAGACUCCUUCGGGAGUGUGAGUCGUUCUCUCUUUCUCAGUUUUCUUGGGGAAACUCCAGUUUUGAGAACGUCUGGAGACAUAUAUGGUGUGGCACCUCGGUGUGUCACAUCAAAAGCUUUUUCCGUUGCAUGCACAGGUCGUUUUCCGCGACAGAGACGGAUGCGAGGGCGAGAGGCGUUCCCCUGCUCUCUGAGAUGAUGAUUUUCACAUUUGGGAAUCUCGCUGAAUUCGUUGAUGAGAACGUGUGAACCACAGAACUUUCUGAUUCUCGUGGAGCAGGGGUUCUUCGCUCACCUCAGUCCGUCUAUUUGAGAACACACAGGUACAUCCCCUCUCAGAGAAGAGGAGAUUUGUUUUUUGUGUCUUUUCAAACUUCUCUUGUCAAACAAGC